UUUCUCCUUACUUUUUGCUUCACUCGUCUCUUCUGUUUCUCAUUCACUUAUAUAAUAUGUGUUUCACAAUGAGACACCCACGGCGCCACAUCAGCAAAAAGCAUAAAAUGGAGAAGAUAGAGGUCGAAUUCAUCAAGCAGUCUAUGGAUCGACUUAACCUACCCAUCAAGACAGAUAAGCCAGCCAGACAAGCUUUUGCGCAUAUACUUUGCAGGCUGAAGCUUUCCCCCAGUUCAGAUGCCGAAGAAAAACAGGUAUGGACAGUGGAUCAGGAGAGUAUGAGCGUUCAGAUGCCGGAACAUUUUGGACAACUGAUGACCGACAUCGCCCUCGUAUACUCCACCGAGGAUACCAAGUCAAGCUCGAUUCGACCCAAAGUAGACUGGGUUCUGCUGCAGCUGUCGGCUAUCGUGAGGAGGAUGCAGGAUCAACUCUACAUUGAUUCAUCGCCGCCCGGUGGUUACAUUCACGCAGCACCGUACUGGCAUUUCGAGACGACGAUCACUGGAUCUGGUGAUCAGGCUUUGACGGCAUCGGUGGACUACGUUCUGUGGUAUGGGGCGUGUGGAGACUGGGACACGAACUUGGUGGUAGUUCGAAGCAGCAGUCGACUGGAUGAUGAAUGCUGGGCAGCCCUCCCGAGCAUGUCGAUCGUUUAUGCCGCCCGGAAGGUGAGGAAGUAUAAGGGUGGCAUCUAUGGAGUCUGUACCGAUGGCCAUAGUUGGACCUUCUUGCACUUCAGCGAUAGGGGCCGGGAAGUCCUCGGCCUACUAUACAAGAUUAUCGGGCAGGCUUUCGACCUCCACAGAGCGCGAGAGCAGGACCAGGAGGCUCGGCGGCGAAUGAGAGAUGAAAUUUUCCUCUGGGAUGAGGAUAAGGAGAGCUCUGGCGAUAAUGGUCGUAAUGAUGGUGAUGUAGCCCCUGGGCGUUGGUGA